CAUCUGGGUGAGCUGUAAUGUGGAUGAAGUGGAUAAGCCCCUGCUCUGCCCCAAGAUCAUCUCAAGGGUGCCUUGUUCCCCUGACUCCAGCCCUGGCCCUGCAAGGUGCCACUCUGAGGCAGUUAAUGAUUAUCCCUGACACCUCCAGUCCCCGCUCCUGCCCUGGCUGGAAGGAGUGUGGAAGGCUGGGAAGCAGGAUGCUGCUGCUGCUGGUGUUCCUGGCUCUGCUGGGCUCUGCUGGCUGCCCCAGGACUGAGCCCCUCAGCACAUCCAGCCAGGACCUGCCAUUCCAUGGGGCAGAUCGCUAUGACUUUGCCAUCAUCAUUGCUGCUGGCACCAUGGAAUGCUUCUGGCAGUUCGCACACCAGAAUGGGAACUUCUUCUUCAACUACGAGGUCCAGCGUGCCACAGGGAUCGGCAACAACAGGAACAUCCUGGUCACAGCGAGCGACCCCAGCGGCUUCCAGCUUGGUGCUUCCCAGCAUGCGCGGGGACAAAUCAACUUCCUCACCAAGGAGAAAGGUUUCUACCAGCUGUGCCUGAACAACCAGCAAAACCACUUGGGCUUCAUGCAGGUGUAUCUCAACUUUGGUGUCUACUACGAAGCCUUUGACGCAGAUAACAAGCAGCCAGAAGAGCGGAAAGAGCUGAAUGACACCCUGGAGGCAAUUGAGGUCAGCACCCAGAAACUGACGCUCCACAUCUUCCACAUGUGGCGGUUCUACAACUUUGCCCGGAUGCGGAAAACAUCCGAUUCCUUCCUCCUGGAGGCCAAUUACAACUACAUCAACUGGUGGUCGAUGGCUCAGAGCUGUGCCAUUGUCCUCUCCGGGGUGCUGCAGCUCUACUUCCUGAAGCGCCUCUUCAAUGUGCAAGCCCCCAGCAGGCAGAAGUGCUAGCUGUGUCCAAAAGUGCGGGAAGGACCAGUGCCUGCAGCGCUUGGUUACAGCGCUAACAGCUAAUUCUGACCCUUCACAGAGAGGGAGGAAGGGCCAGAUCCUGCUUUGAGGGAGUUCCCCUGCCCCUCCCUUGGCUGAAAUCACCCCAACAGAAGAAAUGCACAACACUGGACUCUGUGUGCUAGGUCAGUUUGUUACCUCCCUACCCAUCAUUACGGUGUUCUAUAAUGUCUUUUUUACCAGGCACUUAAUAAAGAACCCCUGGCACCCAAUCUGGGGCAUGAUAGCA